AUGGCUGAAAACAUUGCAAAGGCCAACCAGUACCAAUAUGCAGCCAAUUCCAGCCUCGUGCUGCAAGCCGAUCGCAGUGGGUUGCCACGUCGGGAUCAAGAGCCAACCGGCGAGCCCGAAACCUUGUGGGGCAAGAUCGAUCCCAAAGGCUUUGGCUCCAGGGCUGAAAGGGAGGCGCCCAAAGACAUUGAAGAAAAGAAAAAGAAGGCAGCCGAACGAUCUGAGGAAUUAACCGAAAAGCGACGACGGAAAAAAGAAGAAAGCGCCAUCAGCAAAGCGUACGGCUACUCAUCCGUUUUGUCGGCUACCGAUGAUUGGGAAGGUCUCAAUUAUCGUCCUCGCACCAAAGAAACGCGUGAAGCAUACGAACACAUUCUGUCUUUUGUCUACAAUCACCUGGGUGACCAGGCACGAGACAUUAUCCGAAGUGCCGCUGAUGAUGUUCUCGAAACGCUCAAGACCGACACGCUGAAAGAUUUUGACAAGAAACGAGAGAUCGAGUCUGUCAUUGGCAGCGUGGAAUCCGACAAAUUUGCACAACUGGUUAAUCUGUCAAAAAAGAUUACGGAUUACAACAGCGAGGGCGAUGACAUGGACGUCGACGAGAAUGGCGAACGUAUUGGCGCCAUUGACGAUGAAGUUGGUGUCGCUGUCGUGUUUGAUGAGGAUGAGGACGAAGAAGAAGAGGAUGACCAGUUUGAGGUGAAAGAGGACGAGGACGAAGAAGAAGCACAAGCCGCAGCAGCACACGCACAACAAGAACAAGCCGCAACAGAAGCAGCAUCGUUCGGCACCGGUGCAAAGCGAUAUAAGCGAGGCACAGCAGGAGAAAAGUCGGAUGGUGUAAAGCCUCACGACAUUGAUGCGUUCUGGCUGCAACGACAAAUUGCCACUCAAUACCCUGAUCCUCACACAGCACAGGAGAAGACCGUCCAGGCGUUUGACAUUUUGGGAUCAGAAUCGGUGAACAUGCGCGACUGCGAAAACGAGCUCAUGGGUUUGUUUGACUAUGACAAGUUUGAUCUGGUGCGUAUCCUUGUCAAGAACCGCGAGCUCAUUUACUGGUGUACACGACUUGCCAGAGUCACCGGCGACGAAAAGACAGCACUGGAGGCCGAGAUGCAGCAAAAGAACCUUGAUUGGAUUCUGCGUGAUCUAAGCGGUGAUCGUGAACGACGAGGCGAAGCAUUGGAGCGAAAGGGUGUCGUCGAGAGUGCAAUGGAGAUUGACGAGAACGAACCACAACAAGGUCGCAGCCGCGGCCAGGUGCCCACCACCACCACACUGGCGCCAGGUACCACUGUUGCACCACGGCAAAUGCUGGAUCUCGAUGAUAUUGCUUUUGAGCAGGGCUCUCACUUGAUGUCUAACAAGAAGGUGAAGCUCCCCGAUGGUUCGUUCAAGCGUUCUAAGAAGGGCUACGAAGAGAUCCAUGUGCCAGCACCAAAACCACAAGCAUUUGCUUCAAACGAAAAGCUCAAGCCCAUCAACCAAUUGCCGAAAUGGGCACAAACUGCAUUUCCAGGCGCAACAAGCCUCAACCGUGUCCAGAGCAGAGUAUAUCCAUCUGCAUUUGAGAGCGAUGAAAACCUCCUUUUGUGUGCUCCCACCGGUGCAGGCAAGACCAACGUAGCCAUGUUGACGAUUCUGCGCGCCAUGGACAACUUCCGCGACCCCGAAACUGGACAUAUUGACGUCGACUCAUUCAAGAUUGUGUACAUUGCGCCCAUGAAAGCUUUGGUGCAAGAAAUGGUGGGCAAUUUCUCAAGCCGCUUGGAGCCCUAUGGCAUCAACGUGGCAGAAUUGACGGGUGAUCGACAACUCACCAAGCAACAAAUUGCCGAGACCCAAAUCAUUGUGACGACGCCAGAAAAGUGGGAUAUCAUUACGCGCAAGGCUACCGACCGCAGCUACACCAGCCUUGUCCGCUUGAUCAUCAUUGAUGAAAUUCACUUGCUCCACGACGAAAGAGGUCCUGUGCUGGAAAGCAUCGUGUCGCGUACCAUCCGAAACAUGGAACAGACUCAAGAGCUCGUUCGCCUGGUGGGUUUGUCAGCUACACUGCCGAAUUAUGUGGAUGUUGCUGCAUUCUUGCGUGUUGAUCCAAAGAAGGGUCUGCACUACUUUGAUAGCACUUUCCGUCCAUGCCCGCUUCGCCAGCAAUUUAUUGGCGUCACGGAAAAGAAGGCCAUCAAGCGCUUCCAGGUCAUGAACGAGGUUUGCUACCAAAAGGUAGUUGAGCAGAUUGAGAAUCGGGAAGAGAACCAGGUCUUGGUGUUUGUGCACUCGCGCAAGGAAACGGCAAAGACAGCAAAGUCGUUGCGCGACAUGGCAUUGGAGAACGAUACGAUCACCCGGUUCCUCAAGGACGAUUCGGCAAGCAGAGAAAUUUUGCAAUCAGAAGCAGCCGAAGUCAAGGAUGCCAAUCUUCAAGAGCUUCUUCCCUACGGUUUCGCCAUCCAUCAUGCUGGUAUGACGCGUGCCGACCGUACGCUCGUGGAAGAAUUGUUUGCUGAUGGCCACAUCAAGGUGCUUUGCUCGACAGCAACGCUGGCUUGGGGCGUCAACUUGCCAGCACACGCCGUCAUCAUCAAGGGUACGCAAAUCUAUUCGCCAGAAAAGGGCCGCUGGGUGGAGUUGUCGCCACAAGACGUGCUACAGAUGUUGGGUCGUGCUGGUCGUCCACAGUUCGAUACAUAUGGUGAGGGUAUCAUCAUCACAGCGCACACAGAACUGCAGUAUUAUCUGUCAUUGCUGAACACCCAAUUGCCGAUUGAAUCACAGUUUAUUGGCAAGUUGGCCGACAACCUCAACGCAGAAAUUGUGCUGGGAACCAUCCGCAACCGAGACGAGGCAGUGCAAUGGCUUGGCUACACGUACUUGUACGUGCGCAUGCUGCGAAAUCCGUCGCUCUACAGCGUAUCACACGAUGACAUUGACAACGAUCCGUACUUGGAGCAGAAGCGUGUUGACUUGGUGCAUUCGGCAGCAUCUAUCCUUGACAAAUGCAACCUGAUUAAAUACGACAAGAAGUCUGGCCGUUUCCAGGUGACCGAACUCGGCCGUAUUGCAUCGCACUACUAUGUCACACACCAUUCCAUGUCGACAUACAACCAGCAUUUGCGACCCAUGAUGAGCCACAUUGAGCUGUUCCGUGUAUUUGCUCUGUCGGAUGAAUUUAAAUAUAUUCCUGUGCGCGAAGAGGAAAAGAUGGAAUUGGCGAAGCUGUUGGAGCGUGUGCCUAUCCCGGUCAAGGAAAGCUUGGAGGAGCCCACAGCCAAAAUCAACGUGCUGUUGCAAGCAUACAUCUCACAACUCAAGUUGGAUGGCUUUGCACUGGUGUCUGAUAUGGUCUAUGUCACUCAAAGUGCUGGACGUAUUCUGCGGUCGAUCUUUGAAAUCUGUCUCAAGCGUGGUUGGGCUCAAUUGACAAGAAAGGCACUCGAUCUGUGUAAGAUGGUGGAAAAGCGUGCGUGGUUGUCAAUGUCGCCGUUGCGUCAGUUCAAGCAGAUUCCGGCUGAUUUGAUCCGCCGUCUGGAGCGCAAGGAGUUCCCAUGGGAAAGAUACUUUGAUCUGGAUCCACAAGAAUUGGGCGAGUUGGUAUCAAACCCCAAGGCUGGCAAGACGCUGCACAAGUUCAUCCAUCAGUUCCCCAAGUUGGAUUUGCAGGCGCGUGUGCAGCCAGUGACGCGCUCGUUACUGAAGGUGGAAUUGACUAUCACUCCCGAUUUCCAGUGGGACGAAAAGGUGCACGGCAUGGCUGAGGCGUUUUGGAUCUUGGUCGAGGAUGUUGACGGCGAACAUAUCUUGUAUCACGACUACUUUGUGCUCAAGCAACGCUAUGCGGAAGAGGAGCAUCUGGUGACGUUCACGGUGCCGUUGUUCGAGCCAUUGCCACCCAACUACUUUGUAACUGUUGUGUCCGAUCGAUGGCUGCAUUCGAUCAACAAACUGCCGGUGUCGUUCAAGCAUCUGAUUCUUCCAGAGAAGUACCCUCCUCACACCGAGUUGCACGAUUUACAGCCUUUGCCAGUAUCAGCGCUGCGUAACAUUGAAUACGAGUCGGUGUACAACGGAUGGAUUUCACAGUUCAAUCCCAUCCAGACGCAAGUUUUCAACACACUGUACACUACGGACGACAAUGUGUUCAUUGGCGCACCUACAGGCAGUGGCAAGACAGUAUGUGCCGAGUUUGCACUGAUGCGUCUGUGGAGCAAGGAAGAAGAAGGAUCGCGAUGUGUAUAUGUGGCGCCAUACCAAGAGAUUGUCAACGAACGCGUGGCACAAUGGCAAAAGAAGUUUGGCAACGUGGGUGGCGGCAAGGAAGUUGUUGCAUUGACUGGCGAAACGAGCGCGGAUCUCAAAUUGCUGGAACGUGGUGAUGUGAUCUGCUGCACACCAACACAGUGGGAUGUGAUUUCCCGACGAUGGAAGCAACGCAAGAACGUACAGAACGUCAGCCUGUUCGUUGCUGACGAGAUGCAUGUUAUUGGCGAUGAAGAAGUGGGUCCAACAUACGAAGCGAUUGUUUCGCGUAUGCGAUAUAUCGCCUCGCAGACACAGCGACCGAUCCGCGUUGUGGCUCUCAGCACCUCGGUAGCCAACGCUCGCGACUUGGGCGAGUGGUUAGGAGCAACAUCACACUCUGUAUUCAACUUCCAUCCGUCCGUACGACCGGUGCCGCUCGAGAUUCACAUCCAGAGCUACAAUAUCCCACACUUUGCAUCGCUGAUGAUGGCUAUGGCUAAGCCAACUUACUUGGCAAUCACCACGCAUUCGGCUGAAAAGCCUGCCAUCGUGUUUGUGCCGUCGCGCAAGCAGUGUCGGUUGACAGCGUUCGAUAUCAUUACAUACUGUGUCGGUGAUGACCAAGCAACACGCUUUUUGAAGUGCAAGGAAGAGGAAAUUGAGCCAUUGUUGGAGCGUGUUCAAGACAAGAACUUGGUGGAAGCUCUUCGACACGGAAUUGGCUACUAUCACGAAGCAUUGACCAAGCAAGACAAGCGAGUUGUGGAGCAGUUGUACGAGUCGGGCGCUAUUCAGGUGAUUGUUGCAUCGCGCGAUACCUGCUGGGGCAUUCCAAUGAACUCGCAUAUGGUGGUGGUGAUGGGCACACAACACUUUGAAGGCAAGGAGCAUCGAUAUGUCGACUACUCCAUGAAGGAUGUAUUGCAAAUGAUGGGACGGGCAUGUCGACCGCGCGAUGACGACACUGGCAAGUGUGUCUUGAUGUGCCAAGCCAACAAGAAGGAAUACUACAAGAAGUUUUUGUUCGAGGCUGUUCCGAUUGAAUCGCAUUUGGAUCAAGCACUGCAUGAUCAAUUUAAUGCCGAAAUUGUGACCAAGACCAUUGAAAACAAGCAAGAAGCAGUCGAUAUUCUUACAUGGACGCUGAUGUACCGUCGCAUGGCACACAACCCCAACUACUAUGGUUUGUCUGGCACAACUCACCGUCACCUGUCAGAUCAUUUGUCAGAACUUGUCGAAAAUACACUCAACGACUUGCAAGAGACCAAGUGUAUCACGAUCGAAGAUGAGAUGGACGUCAGCCCGCUCAACCUCGGUAUGAUCGCUGCUUACUACAACAUCAACUAUACCACCGUCGACAUGUUUAGCGUCAGCUUGAAGAACACAACCAAGAUCAAGGGCUUGUUGGAAAUCGUUGCCUCGGCUACCGAGUUUGACAACAUUCCGAUCCGACACCAUGAAGACGGCAUUUUACAACGCAUCUAUGGACGACUUCCAUCCAAACUGGCACAACCCAAAUUCAACACACCAAGAAUCAAGACAAAUAUCCUGCUUCAGGCACACUUUUCUCGCCUGCAGCUGCCCCCAGAUCUCCAAUCUGACCAGUCGCUCAUUUUGAGCCGGUUGAUUCCGCUUAUCCAAGCGUGCGUUGAUGUCAUCUCUUCAAAUGGUUGGUUAUCCCCAGCCCUGGCGUCUAUGGAACUGGCGCAAAUGUGUGUACAGGCCAUGUGGGAUCGUGAUUCGCCACUGAAGCAGGUGCCCUACUUUACAAGCGAUGUGAUCAAGCGAUGUGAGGAGAACGAGGUCGAGUCCGUGUUCGAUAUCAUGGAAAUGGAGGACGAUGUACGAAACGACGUGUUGCGCAUGGAUGGCCGCAAGCUGCGCGAAGUAGCCAACUUUGUCAACCGAUAUCCUAAUGUUGAAGUCGGUUUCGAUAUCGCUGAUCCAGACUCGGUUGCCGCUGGCGGUGUCGUAAACGUCAAGUUCCAAUUGGAACGCGAGCAUGACGACGAGGACGAACAAGAACUUGGCCCUGUAAUUGCACCCUACUUCCCACAAAAGAAGGAUGAAGGCUGGUGGAUCGUCAUUGGCGACACCGCAACAAAGACCUUGCUGGCCAUCAAGCGUGUUACCCUUGCACACAAGUUGACGGUCAAGCUGGACUUCAUUGCACCCAAGGCUGGCAAGCAUACGCUCAAGGUUUACUUGAUGUCGGAUAGUUACAACGGAUGCGAUCAAGAAUUAGAUAUGGAUCUAAAUGUUGCUGAGGGUGAAAGCAGCGAUGAGGACAGCGAUGAAGAUAUGGACGAAAAUGAAGAGUAG